AUCAUUUGGUUCACCAAACAUUUUAAAACGACAAAUACUGGCAAGAAUAGUGAAAUUUACUUAAUAGUUUUGUUAUAUUACUAUUAUAAUAUGGCGCCGUGAACUGCCUUCCAGAUUGUGUUGCACGUAGUCAAUAUCAUGACGUAUCAAUUGACUUUAUUUUCGCGCUUAGCAAAUGUUCUUCUCACUGUAACUUUAAGCAUCACACUUAGGAACAGAAAUACGUCUGCCCCGAAACGCUGUGCCAAAUAACUUACAAAGGAGCAAGUAUUACCAAUCUGUAAAACCCACAGAAACAAUUCACAUUACCCGUUUGAAUUUGAAGGUCUAUAUUGUUAAAUUUGCUUUCCUAUAUCCUUGAAAAUUCUUAUCAAAGAUUUUAUUAACCUUGUAGUUUUGUUACGGAGACUAAGACAUUAUAAUGCGUCGCAGUUCCUCUGAGCGGCGUCAUUAUCGACGACGUGAAAUUGCUACGGAUGAGCGCUACUAUGGCUCCACUUCUCAUCGCAAUUCCAAUAAAAAAUCGUCACACUACCAUGAUUUUUAUCGAAGUCGAAGUAAUGGUUCCAAACGUAGACGCAGUAGUCAUCGAGACUCUAGAGGAAAUUCAAUAAACGAAGAUGUUGCUAAUAUAGGUUCUAGCAGUAAACACCGCAGCAAACAUCAUGGUUCACCAACUCGUCCAAGAUCACCUGUUUAUAAAGUAGCACAUCGGUCACGUGAUGACUAUAGUGAUGCCUCUUCGCAAUCUCAAGAAGCUUUGUCAAAUUCAAAUUCUCCACGUAUUCGCAGCAGAAAAGUUCCUUCGCUUUCUAGGGACAAGAAAGAAAAACGAAGUCACUCCAAACCGACUGACAUUCGAACCAUUAAUCGUAAAGAUUCUCCUGUGACAAGUCGUCGAGGAUACAAUCGAGACUCACCAGUUCGUAGAAAACGAUCUUUAAGUUUAAACCGAAAUAACCAGAGUAACGGAUUUGGUUUACGUAGAACUGACUCUGAUAUCAUUUCAAUUCGAAGUCGCGUACGAUCGCCCAGCACUGUUUCAAGACAUACGCGUCGUAGUGUUGAAAAAUCCAACAGUCCUACUACUGUAAAAUGUUCAUCGCGUCGCGUAUGGAAAUUCGAUAGUCCGCCUAGAGAAGACGGUCUUGAAGAAGGACCACAACAGCAAUCACCCAUGGGAAUUUUAGCCCAGUCACUUGGUCUGUCCGCUGAACAACAAAAAGCUUCACGAGAACUUUAUAUUGGAAAUCUUCCUCCGGCUUUGGAUGUAAACCAGCUUAUUGAUUUUUUUAAUGCAGCAAUGCUCACAUUGAAAGCUUCGUCAAUCCCGGGAAAUCCAGUUUCUCGUGCGUGGAUAGCAUCCGAUGGUCAUUUCGCCUUUGUUGAAUUUCGAACGAUUGAAGAAGCUACCAUUGGCCUUCAACUUAAUGGUUUAAAUUGCAUGGGCUAUGCGCUACGAAUCGGUCGACCAAAAACGUAUCCUUCUGAAUUCUCUACUCUUCUUGGGUGCACAAAUAUUGAAACUGUCGGAUCUUUGUCCCUCUUAGGAGUGAAUGCUUCUUCCGCUGCUCCACACCUGGCCACUACCACAUCUUCCGCAAUGCUUGUGGCACAAGCUGCAGCUGCCAGUAUUGGCUUAUGUAAACGAUCAACUGAACCUCGCCCCGACCGUCUUGUUAUUUUAAAUAUCGAAUGCAAAAUAGUUUCAGAGGAGGAGGUGAAGACGCUUUUGUCAUCGUUUGGUUCAUUAAAUACUUUUGAAUAUUUUGACGUACCUGAAACUGACACCUUACCUGCUACGGGUGUAUGUGUAUUUGAGUACAAAGAGUAUGCAAGUCAGAAAUGUAUGAUGGAAGGAAUAAAAGACGUUAUCUGUGGAACAAAACCGCUGAAUUAUAUGCUUGCUGAUGAUGCUAUUCGGGAUGGUAAACUUUCGGAGGUUAUUAAGCAGGCUGCUGAAGCUGGGCGUGAUUUACAGCAGGAGCUUGGAGGGGAACUGAUGCGUCCUCAGGUUCCCACUCGAGUUAUCAUGUUAACAAACAUCGUUACUCGAGAUGAGCUUAUCGACGACAAAGAAUAUGCCGAUAUAGUUGAAGAUAUUUUUAUAGAGUGUUCCCACUAUGGAAAAGUAAUAUCAGUUGAAGUUCCGAGACCCUCUUAUGUUGAUCCGUUAAAUAAUACUUCACACAUCGUAGAAGACACUGAUAUCGGUUAUGCUUUUGUGAAAUUCGCACGAUUACAAGGCGCUGGCUCAGCUCGACGGAGUCUUUCGGGUAGAAAAUUUGCUGGAAGAACUGUUGAAGCUCAUUACUUUAGUGAAGUUCUUUUCAAGAAAAAAAACUUUAAAUGUCCACAACCAAAUUAUGAAGCUUCAGAACGUUUGUUAGAUUCUCCUACCGCAGAUGAGGCGAAUAAUGAUGUUACGAUGGUACCUGAAAAAAAACAACCUUAGAAUUUUUUCAAUUAGAAAAGAAAUAAUUUUAAUUCUAAUUUUUAUUUUCCUUUACUGGCUACUUUCUGAUUUCCAUGCUUUUUAUUUCUUAAUCACCUAAUUAUUUAAUUUUCAAAAUCUUACGUCGACUUUGUUUGCUUGCUAAUUGACAAUUAUUGAAUUAAGAGAAACGAUAAAAUAAAAGUUUUAAAGAUAACAGUUUCUUAGUUUUUGAAUUGGUAAGUGCUUUGAGUUAUUAUCGCUUCGCUUAGUGCGAAUUAAAGCUACUUUAUUUGUUCGAAUAUCUCAACUCUAAGCUUUAGCAUUUGAUUCUUUUUGCAGACUUCAUGACUUUACCUUUUUAGAAAUGUUUUCCCUCAACGUAGAUCAGUAAACUAGGUCUUUUUUCUUCAAAAAAUAAAUAUAAAAAAAAUUAUGAAUUUUUUCAUUUUUUUAAAAAAACGAAUUAGUAUAAAAUAAAAAAAGACAUCUACUAACGACUUCAUUUUAGUUGCAAUU